AUGGACGUGCGCAGUGCGUGCAUGUGUCGUACUAUCCAGAAACUCCUCUGCAACCCUCUGCAACGCUCCAGCUGCUCAGCGGAGCGUCGCAUAGGUGCUGUACGCAGCACGUGCAGAAGCACUGAAGACUUUAAAGACAGACGACACCAGGUUUAUAGAGAAGAGCGCAACCUAACCGUGGGUUCAGGGGUUCAACUCCGACACGAAGCAAGCUGGUUUCAGUUCCACCUGGGGAUCAAUCGCCACGCCUUGUAUCCACGGGCCAGCCCUAUGGUGGAUCAACUCCUUAGGGACACACAGAGGUUUAGUACCAUCAGUGCUGAUUACAGCCAGGACGAGAAAGCCUUGCUCGGGGCCUGCGACUGCUCCCAAAUUGUAAAGCCCAGCGGGGUGCACCUGAAACUUGUUUUGCGGUUCCAAGACUUCGGGAAAGCCAUGUUCAAACCAAUGAGACAGAAACGAGAUGAGGAGACUCCGGAAGAUUUUUUUUACUUUGUUGACUUUCAGAGACACAAUGCGGAGAUUGCCGCCUUCCACCUAGACAGAAUCCUGGAUUUCCGACGAGUCCCUCCAGCAGCUGGGAGAAUGAUUAAUGUCACAAAAGAAAUUUUAGAAAUCACAAAGAAUGAAAUCUUACAAAGUGUCUUUUUUAUUUCUCCAGCCAGCAAUGUCUGCUUCUUUGCGAAGUGCCCUUACAUGUGCAAAACAGAAUAUGCCGUGUGCGGGAACCCUCACCUCUUGGAAGGUUCCCUCUCGGUUUUCCUGCCUUCUCUCAACUUGGCACCGCGAAUCUCCAUCCCUAAUCCGUGGAUCCGAUCCUACACCUUUGCAGGAAAAGAGGAGUGGGAAGUAAAUCCUCUCUAUUGCAAUACCGUGAAGGAGAUUUAUCCUUACAGCAGCGGCAGCCGGCUACUCAAUAUCAUUGACAUGGCCAUAUUUGACUUCUUAAUAGGUAACAUGGACCGCCAUCAUUAUGAGAUGUUUACCAAGUUUGGAGAUGAUGGCUUUUUGCUUCAUUUGGAUAAUGCCAGAGGAUUUGGGAAACAUUCCUAUGAUGAGAUCUCCAUCUUGGCUCCUCUUAAACAGUGUUGCAUAAUCAAGAAGCUCACCUUGUUACGGCUGCAGCUUUUAGCCAAACCAGACUACAAACUGAGUGAUAUCAUGAGGGAGUCCCUCCUUCAAGACCGCCUUGCCCCCGUGUUGACUGAAGCCCACCUUCUGGCAUUGGACAGAAGGUUACAGAUUAUCCUGAAAACUGUGGAGAAAUGCAUAGAGGCCUUUGGAGAAGACACUGUUUUAGCUGACGCAAAGCCUUUGGAACCUGUGGCUUUUGACAGAAUGACACAGCCAAGCUAGAGUCAAAGGAGGGUGGGGGAAACUAGAACCUGAACUUGAAAUGAUUGUUCUUCCUUAAUCUGGACACGGGAGGAAGGCAAUCCACGGCAGAAUUGGGAAACCACUGGGUGGUUGAAACCGGCAGCUUUGGCCUCAAAUUUAUAGAUGGGAAUCGCAUACACAUCGCAGCUACACAAUCUUCCUGCCUCUUUUCCAAGAGAUUGAAGAUACACCAAUUUCUGUAACGACCAAACUAUGUCUUUCUCGGGAUUUGCCUGGGUUCACCAUGGCUAGGAUUGGUGGGUUGAAUAAAGAAACGGAGAGGCACUAAAGAAACAUUUCCAGAAUGCAUCCACACUGAGAUUUAGGACAAUAUUAAUAAGGUGGGCCUGUACCUCCUCAGGGAUGUUUAGUUUAUGGAGAACUGUAGUAGAAACUGUAAUAGAACUGUAGAAGCAGCCCUUGGCAAAAGCAAGCCAUGAAAAUGUGCUGAUGUGGCAGACAUUCUGGCUCUAACCUAGUUUAGACAACUCCACAACAGAAAGAAAAGCUACUUUAAGGCAUAAAAUCCCACACGCCUCAGGGUUGCCAAGGAAGGGGAAAUUGCUUUCUUUUGUGUAAAGGAUCCAUCAAUUUGGGGUUGCAUUGUGGGUGCCUUCAGAUGAUUCCAGAUGUCCUUGAUAUCAAGGCAAGGCAUAUAAGCUACAAUUUCACAUUAUAGCAAUUGCCACUGAAAUCUUUCCAGCCAUUCACUUUGGAAUAAUGAAGAAGACUAGCAUCUUGAUUGAUGUCUCAUCACCAGCUAACUGUAGCAAUGCUUUUUCAAGCAAACAGUAUCAUCACACUGGAAGUUGGACUUACACAUACAGAAACACACACACACACACACACACACACACACCUUCAGUGCAAUGUCUGAUGUAAAGAGUAGCAAACAGAAUAUGGGUUGUAGCAGUGAGCAGAAGGAAAUGUACCAAGGUAAUCUACAUCAACUUUAAAAGCACUAGGAAACACAUAUGGAAGUUGAAAAAAGAUUUUGCACCACAAUACGCUUUUUCAGGAUGCCAGCCAACUUCACACACUUCCCAUCCACUUUCAGACUCCACCCCUUUUUUUGCCAAUCAUCACCCUUUAACGCUUUAUAAGCAUGGUGUUAACUGACUGUGGGUACCGAAUUUGGUAGUUUUUUUAUUCCACGGUUCUAAAACUAUCUGGUACCAGUAAGGGAAACACUAAGGCUGGCAGCUCUAUGGCAGGUCUUCUGGCCUACAACAUUUCAUUGAAGUUGGGUACAAUGCCGAUAAUGCAACCAAGGUGUUUGAAGAAAUCAGAUGUCAACUGUUACGAGUUUCUUUCCCUGGUAAAUUUAUGCAAGGUCAUUAAAAUAUAGAUUUUUUAAAAGUCUGGUCAUCAAAACCAUCCCCCCACCCCUACCCUUGAGUUUAUCCAGUAGCCCUUCAAAACAAGUUUUAGUACACCAAGGAAUAUUGACAAUUCCAUGAGUCACCCCUAGUCCUUCCAGUAAUUCAAAACAUGUUUUGGUUUCACAUCUGAAAACAAUCUCUAGUGAAGAUUUCUUGAACAUGGACGUUGUCUCUAAUGUUUGUGGGGGGGAAUCUGGACAGAGAAGCUUGCCCCCACCCCCACAUCCCCAAGGAUUACCAUUAGGCUUUUGGCAAAGUAAUUCAGCAUAGGAGGUAUGAAGCUGGAACUCCAAAGAGCAACAAAAGUUGAAAAUCUAGUAUCAUCUCCCAUCCGAUAUUGGGAGUUUCACAUGAUCUUCCAAAUCUUCCUGAUCUGGCAACUUUCUGAAAUUCCAAAAGCUUCGUUAUUACUACCGUAUUAAUCUUGGAGGCUGAGAAUUCUGGUGUAGGUAUUUGGAGAGUACAAGCUAGGAAAAAAACUUCAUUUUGAAAUAUACUUGGUAUAUUCCAGUUUUAACAAUGAAAGCACCAUAUUCUUUAUGAUCCGUUUCCUAAAACCUAUUUAUAUUUUUAUCACCUGUAAGCAAUUAACAUACCAAAGCUAGAUCUUCUACAAAUAGGAAAAGUGGAAAUUCACUUUCCAAUUGUUGUCUAUGGUCACACAAAAGGACUUAUUGUACAAGUCCACGGGUAGCAUAUCAACUGCUGCAAACCUCCAAUUGCUCUUUGAAAGGAUACUCAAUCAUUAUUUUGACAACUUUGGGGAAAUUACCUGGCGACUCCAUAAACUUCCCUGGAGGAAAAUACUUAAUAUUUGAGUGUCAUGUAACG